CAUUGAUUUCAAAUGUCAUUCUAAAGUAAUACUUCAACGCAGACAAGGUUUGUGGUCUAGCUCACACUUUCCGUUUCUGGUUUCUUGCUGUGUUUCGGAUUUUGGUAAAGCUUCGAUCUUUGGCUAUAACAGUAGCAUCCCAAGGUCCUGUUGGGUAAAGAUUGUAUUUUUAGGUAAUAGAUUGGGGUUUUAAUCUUGGCCUUGUGAGUGUGAAAGCUGGAUCUUGAUCCUUAGGGUUGUGUUUGUGAAUAGUUGCUGCUUUUAGGUCUUCUUUCUUUUUGGUCAUUUCCCCCUCGGAGGGCAGAUUAGAAGUAGCUAGAACCAUCUGGUUGCUGUGGAGAUCUGGGAGUUGCUCCAUCUGUUAUGUCCCAUGAAGAACUUCUUCCCUUCAGAUUCUUGCAGAGAAACUCAGCUAAAAGCCAUCAACCCACAGUCAUGGCUCCAAGUCGAGAGGGGCAAACUUCCCAAAUUCUCCUAUAGUUCUUCGUCUAUAGACUCUCUAAUCAAGGUCACUCAACCUCCCAUUUUACCCCACUUCAAACCGGUUGACUAUGUAGAGGUUUUAUCCCAAAUUCACGAAGAACUCGAGUUUUGUCCUCCAACCCAAAGGUCAUACCUCCAUCUUCUGCAGUUUCAUGUGUUUAAGGGUCUGGGGGAAGCCAAAUUAAUGCAGAGAAGCCUUUGUUCUGCGUUCUUGAAAGCUGAAACUGUAUACGAUAAACUAAUCUUCGGGGCAUGGUUGAAAUAUGAGAAGCAAGGCCAAGAUUCCAUCCUUGACUUGGUGGAAUCUUGUGGUAAAUGUGCGAACGAGUUGUUUGGGGUGAUAGAUGUAGCUUCCGAGUUACCUCCCGUGAAAUACUCAAACCCUCCUCCUGUAUCUUAUCGAAAUUCCACCACUUCAAGAACAGUUGCAUUUCAAAUCGGGCGUGAAAAAAUCUUAUGUGACCGGAAAAAGAUUGCCACUCUUUCGUCCCCUUUUAGAGCAAUGCUAAAUGGUUGUUUUAAAGAAUCGUAUAGUGAUGAAAUAGAUUUGUCCGAAAAUGACAUUUCUCCAAUGGCUUUUAAGCUGAUAAGUGAAUUUACCUUCACGAAUACACUGGACAGAGAAGUAACCUCAGACCUUUUGUUAGAAAUAUUGGUGUUUUCCAAUAAGUUUUGUUGCGAAGGCCUCAAGGACACUUGUGAUAGGAAGCUGUCUUCUCUGGUAUCUUCUAGAAGGGACGCCGUGGACCUAAUGGAGUGGGCCCUUCAAGAGGAUGCCCCCGUCCUUGCUGCAUCAUGUUUGCAGGUCAUCCUCCGCAACCUACCCGAGUCUCUGAAUGACAGUCGAGUGGUUGAACUUUUAAGCAACACUAAUAGUCAACAAAACUCAACAAUGGCUGGUCCGGCUGUGUUUUCCCUUUACUGUUUCUUAAGUGAAGUGGCAAUAGGGCUUGAUCCGAGAUCAGAGACGGGUGCCCGUUUCUUGAAACGGUUGGUCGACUGCUCGGAAACUGACCGGCAGAAGAUGGUGGCUUGUCAUCAAUUGGGGUGCAUUAGAUUCCUUAGAAAAGAAUACGAUGAUGCCGAGGUUCACUUCCAAGCCGCAUUUGACGCGGGCCAUACUUAUUCCAUCGUUGGCUUGGCUAGAGUGAUGACUCACAUCAAGGGUAGUAAAAGUUUGGCAUAUGAAAAACUAAGUUUAAUAAUAUCUUCCACAAACGCCCUCGGAUGGAUGUACCAAGAGAGGUCAUUGCAUUGUGAAGGAAACGAAAGUUGGGAUGAUCUGGAGAGAGCGACCGAACUGGACCCGACAUUGACUUACCCAUACAUGUAUCGGGCAUCAUCCUUCAUGAGAAAACAAAAUGUCCAAAACGCCCUCACGGAAAUCAACCGGGUCAUCGGAUUCAAACUAGCAUUGGAGUGUUUAGAGCUCAGGUUUUGUAUCUACCUUGCUGUCGAAGACUACCAAUCAGCCUUGUGUGACGUUCAAGCCAUCCUUACCCUCUGUCCUGAGUAUAGGAUGUUCGAAGGGCGGGUCCCGGCAUUUCAACUGCGCACGCUCGUGAGAGAGCAUGUUGAGGACUGGACUGAAGCAGACUGUUGGAUGCAACUGUAUGAACGGUGGUCAUUGGUUGAUGAUAUUGGAUCCCUUUCGGUUAUAUAUCAGAUGCUUGAGUCUGAUUCACCCAAAGGCGUGCUCUACUUCAGACAAUCUCUACUCUUGCUCAGAUUGAAUUGUCCAGAAGCAGCAAUGAGAAGUUUAGAGUUGGCUCGCCGGCAUGCAUCCAGUGAUCAUGAACGGCUAGUUUAUGAGGGAUGGAUGUUAUACGACACUGGUCAUUAUGAAGAAGGCCUGAGAAAAGCAGACGAAUCCAUACGGAUCAAACGAUCUUUCGAAGCAUUUUUCUUGAAAGCUUAUGCAUUGGCUGAUUCUAGCUUGGAUCCAUCGUGUUCUUCAACUGUCAUUUCACUACUUGAGGAAGCUUUGAGGUGCCCUUCGGAUAGGCUUCGCAAAGGUCAGGCACUAAACAAUCUCGGCAGUGUUUAUGUCGACUGCGAAAAUCUAGACGCUGCAGUUGGUUGCUACACAAGGGCCCUUGAAAUCCGACACACCCGGGCCCACCAAGGCCUUGCUCGCGUCCACUUCUUGAGAAAUGACAAGACCGCCGCGUACAAUGAGAUGACCAAACUGAUUGAGAACUCCAAGAACAAUGCGUCUGCAUACGAGAAGAGGUCGGAGUACUGCGAACGAGAGCUCACUAUUGCAGAUCUUGAGAUGGCCACUCGGUUGGACCCUCUUCGGGUUUACCCAUACCGAUACCGGGCUGCGGUGUUGAUGGACAACCGGAAGGAGAAGGAAGCGGUUGCAGAACUGACGAGGGCGAUCGCGUUCAAAGCAGAUCUCCACCUCUUACACCUCAGAGCCGCCUUCCACGAACACAUCGGUGAUGUCAUCGCUGCAUUGCGAGACUGUCGCGCUGCUCUCUCCGUGGACCCAAACCAUCAAGAAAUGCUGGAACUUCAUAGCCGCGUAAGCGCUCAAGAACCUUGAAGGGAACAAGAAAACAACAAAAAACUCGGUAGAGUCCACGGGACAGUGAAGUCUGGGAAUGACGUGUGUACGCAGAUAUUACCCCAUUAAAAGAUUGAAUCUAAUGUCAAAAAGUUGUUAGUUAUUUAAUUGACAAAAUUUUGCAAUGUAAUGUCAAGAAAUUGUACCAUAUUAUUAUGAGCCUAUUUGGUAGCCAUAUUCAUUUUGGAUUAUCAGCCUGUGAGGAGAUGCAUAGGAAGAUCCUUAUUACCGGCCCUGUCUCAAAUUACAUUAUUGUAAAAUUUAAUUUGAGGAAACAAGAAUACUGUUGA